AUGUCUGAAACUAAAGCCAAACGAAUUGUAUAUCGUGUGCGGAAACAAUUGGAAGAUGCAGAAAUAGAUGAGGAUUUCCUGAAAAUGUAAGGCUUCUAAUUCUUAAUACAUUUGUUUAUAUACAUUUUUUCAGCCUGGAAAGUUCACAUGCUCCUCGAGAUGAGAAAUUGAUCGGGAUUGAAGAGAUCACAAAAGUUCAAGGUGAAUUGAAAGAUGCGUUGGAGACAGCAAUUAAGUUUGGCGAGCAAACUGGAUUGUUGAGUUAUCUAAAACCGAAGGAUUUUGAGAAACUCCGUAAAAAUGGUGGGUUUUUUGGUUUCGUUGAAAAUAAAUCGCAAGUUUUGUAAAUUUUAGUUUUAUCAAUGCUCAUUUCAAACAACGAUGAAACAGAAAGCGAUGAAAAACACAGCAGAUAUGGCGAAGAAGUUGUCGUCGGAAAAAUUCAACACAUUCACCACGAUCAUUUUUCCGAACAACAUCCUGAGCCACCAAUUCCAAUUUGCAUUCCAAAAUUGAAUGUAACCGAUAUUCGCGAUGAGGAAAAGAGUGAAUAUGAGAAUUCGUUUAAUUUCAAUUUGAAAAGUGGUGAUCGCCUUCCAAGUCCUCUCGUAAAACUAAUCGCCACAAGACCCAAAGAUGUUGAAAAAGUUAGUGUUGGUGUGCAAAUGGAGAAAGUGAUAAUGAAAGAAUCGCAAGUUCAAACAUCAGAUGUUGAGGUCAAAACUCCAAGGGUUAUAGAAGAUGAAGAAGAAUUCAGUGGGGAGGAGGACAAGAGUGAAGGGGAAAUCCCAGAGUACUUACUGUAAGUUCCAAAAAAACAUUUUCAAUUAAAAAAAUUUUUUUAGAUCAAAACUGGACAAUUUAAUCUGCGUUCAUAGCAAUGGAGAAGUCGUUUAUUCACAAAAUCAAACCGCAAACCUCAAAAAUCGCGAAUCUCAAACAACUCCACGAAUUUUUGAAGAUGAAGAAGAACUUUUACUCGAAGAAGGUUCCUCAUUCUCCCUAAAUGUUCGCCAGCGAACAAUAUCCCAAUCAUCCGGAAGUGCACGGGUUCUCAAACUUCAAACGAGUUCUUCAGACGCCGAUGAUGAAUCGCAUUCGAUAUAA